AUGAAACACAGCACGGCUCUGCUCCUACAUCUCCUCCUGGGCUCAUGUUCAGCCUACACUUACCAAAACGUGGCCAUACGUGGAAAAGCAACCCAGUCAACCCAGUAUGUCAAUGCAUUUUCAAUGGCCAGCAACGCCAUCGAUGGAAACCGGGAUCAUAACUUCAGCUCUGGAUCAUGUACGCACACUUCAUCACAGACCAACCCCUGGUGGAGAGUAGACCUGCUGGAGUCCUACAUCGUCACCUCCCUCAUCAUCACCAACAGAGGAGACUGCUGUGCAGAGAGACUCGACGGGGCCCAGAUUCACAUUGGAAACUCUUUAGAUUACAAUGGAGUAGCAAACCCACAGGUUGCAGUGAUCCCACAUAUUCCAGCUGGAAGGUCUUUAAAAAUUACCCUAACCAGACUUGUGGAGGGACGUUAUGUGACUGUGACUCUGACUGGACGUGAAAAGAUCCUUAGCCUCUGUGAAGUGGAAGUGUACGGAUACCGUGCACCAACAGGAGAGAAUCUGGCACUCCAGGGACAAGCUGCACAGUCGUCUCUACAUUCUACUGGCUUUGCAUAUCACGCCAUAGAUGGGAAUCGUGCCAGCCACUGGAGCCAGGCCUCCUGUACUCACACAGUCAGUGAGUAUAACCCCUGGUGGCGACUGGACCUGGGCAAAACCCAUAAAGUGUUUUCUGUUAACAUAACCAACUACAGAAAUGCUCCCUUAUGGAUUAACGGAGCGGAGAUCCGCAUUGGAGAGUCCCUUGACAACAAUGGCAACAACAAUCCCAGGUGUGCUGUGAUCCAGAGUAUAGCUGGAGGUUUCACUGAAAACUUCACCUGUAACGGGAUGGACGGCCGCUACGUUAACGUGGUCGUUACUGGAAGAACAACGUACCUGUCUUUGUGUGAAGUGGAGGUCUUUGGAUCCAGACUGGAUUAG